UCUCAGUUCCACCCCUGCUGAGCUUUCAGCAUGAUGGCAGGACUGAGGAGAUGGAGAACUCUGCAGAUCCUGAUCCUCUUCAGCCUCCUUGGCCUCAGCGGACAGUUUGAGAUGAAGGAGGAUCUGAGGGAGAAGGUCGAGCCUGAUGUUGCUGCACUGCAUCGCCUCCAAAGACCGCCUGGACAACUGUUUCACUCUGCAGACACAAACAGGUUGAACGUUGACCAGAGCCCGAUGAGUUUGCUGCGUGGAUUUCAGGAGAGUGGAAACUUCACAGCUUGUGUCACAAAGAAGGAACAGUCUUUGCUUUAUUUUAUUUUUCAGGAUCUUGACGUCCUGUUGGCACUUACUGAGAAACAGAAGACAGACGACUGGUUGCUAACAGCUUCAGAGAUCUCACACAGCUACAGCCAGAAACUUCUGAUAAUGACUAACAAAGACAAGUCAGCGAGUGACAGAGUCCACCAGGAAUACUUCAUGGAUCCUCGUUACUCUGAAAUAGUCAGCGAGGAAUGUUUGUACAAUGAAUCCUGUGUACCAGAAGUAGGCAGCAGCUCUGUUUCUGGUCUUUCUGCUUCAUCACUUGCUAAUCUGAUGCUGAAAACAUCUCUGGAAGCAGCAGGAGUUUUCUCUCUUGAUGGAAACACGACCACAGAGUUCCAACAUAACUUCAUGAGAGUUUUUAUGGUCCGGGGACUGAAAGCAGUCUUAGAAACCAACCAGGAGAAUCACCAGAUUUACCAGGUGAUGGGUCAGCCGGACUCAGUCUCCACGUACAGAGUUCCUCAAAGAGAAGUGGAUCCCAGCACCCAGUACGACCACCAGCAGAUAAUCAUGUUACAGGAUGAUGAAGUGGUCAGAAAAGCUGCAUCUUUUCUUUAUGAGAAGCAUCCAGCAGUGAGUUCCGUCUAUGUUCUGGAUGACAAGCAAAAAGUGAAACUGAUUGGAGGUAAAUCAACACCUCUGUCAGAGAACAGCAGGCUGGUUCUGGUGGGCCACGGAGCCAGAGACCAGUCUGGAGAGAUGAGAGUUUCAGGGUUCUCGUACGAAGAUGUGUCCAGCAUCAUUCAGAGCACCUCCAGGGUGGGAAAUAAAAUCAGAACAACCAGAGUGUUGGCCUGUGAGGUGGGAUCGGAUCAACGGUUCAUAGAAAGUCUGCUGAAGACGCUGAGAGGAGCCGGCAUUGAGACAGAGCUGCACCUGUGGAACGCUGUGAUCCAGGUCACUCAGACGGGACACAUAAUCAGUCGGGACGUCUCUCCAGAUGGACCGCAGUGGAGACUCAACGAUGGCAGCAAGAAGGUGGUGGCAGCUCUCCACAGGAACGGAGAGAUGAUCCGAAGACACGAGUCUGGAAGUAGAGGAGAGCAGGUUUUUACCGAGGAAACAAACUUCCUAAAACCUCCCAAAAAGAAAGGACAAGCAGGACCUCCAGCAGAGGACAGAAGUAAACUCUACAGAAUAAUGUGGCCACAGGAACCAGAGAGAUUUAUUUCCCCAGACGUUUAUAAUAAAAUGGAUCAAAAUAAAUUUGGUGACGUUGAGCAAAUAAAAAAGGACUUUAAUGAAAUUGAAGGUCUGACUUGGGGAAUGUUUCACUCCGACCAACAAGCACCAGAGAGAGUCCCUAUCAACCCCAACAUAGAAAAUGAGUGUGUAAUAUUAGAUACAAAUGGUAAUAAUAUAAACUGGUUAAAUGGCAACCAGAAGCUCCAAAUCCUUCAAAACUGUUAUUUGAUUGAUUCAGGAGCACGAAUCAGAAAAAUAAUCAGUCACUACGGAAAGGAUGGAGAAAACAGGCCCACAUAUCUGAUGGUCAAUGACUGGAUUUUUCUUGUUGAACAACAACAUCUGUAUGUUUAUCCAGUUGGAAAAAGACUUGAUCAGAAUGAAAGGGAGGGUCACAUGCAAGAAAUCAUGAACCUAAUUGAAAGUCAGAACCAAGAAGGCAAAGAAAGCUACAAUAGUAUCCGACAUGAAAUUAGAAGACAGAGUGAUUAUCCUUAUUAUGUGACGGGUAUUUUCACUGGAGAGAGAAGACGCAAACCCAUAAAUGAGGAGCUCUUUCUAACCUGGUAUUUUACUGCAUCAGUCAUUGCUGAAUCUGCUAGAAACUUCCGGACAUUUCCUCUGACUCUUAUGGCUCUGGAUAUGUCUAAUAAUCAUGAUGAAGGAGCUUUGCAACUGUUAUUUGAUGAACAUCCGAUGGCUCGAGGAGGAAGCUGGAUUAAUAAAAACCUGCGAGGAUUCAGAGGCUCGGCAGCACCUGACGAGUCCAGCUCAACCCCACGAAACACACAGUUAGAGAAACUCAAAGAUGUUUUAGAGAAGGAAUUAAAAAUAUUCCAGGAAUGGAAGGAAAAAAUAAAAAUCCAGGAUUCACAGGUACUAAAUCAGAUGGUAACUCUGAUACAAACAUAUAACAUAUUUGAAGAUGUUACACAGUUUCAGGAAGAUUACAACAAUUUCAAAGCAUUAACUACAACAAACGUACCUUCAGCUUCUGGCUCUCUGGGAGGCCACGAUGACAACUUUGUGACAAUGAAUUAUUUAGAGAAUUCCAGGAAAAGAACCAGGAAAUCUGCCAAACAAGGAGAGGAUCUGGCAGGACUGGACCUUCAGGAUGGAGCUGGAAAUGAGGACAUCAACCCUGAAGCUGCUGAGUUUAGAGCAGAGUUAUCUCCAGAUAAUCAACAGUACAACAGAAAUAUGACGAAGAACACUGUUUCAGUGUCUAAUGAUGUCUCUAAUGGUGAGAGGAUGCAAACGAUCCACCGGAACGUUCUCAUCAUGGUGGACUCAUCAUCAGAAGAUCUGAAUGUGAGGAUCCAGACCAAAGAGGAAGAGUUGAAGCUACAUCUGCUCGGCUACAACAAUGGAGACAAACAUCAGCACCUGCAGUUUCAGAGCUCUGACGGGGUCCUUUUUAAAGUCACAGAUGGAGACGUUCGUCUCUUUCAGAUGGAAGCUUUCAAAGUGACUCUGAAACAGUCUCAGGUGGACUGUCGUUUGGACCUCAGCUCUCAGAGAAAUCUAUCAAAGGUCCAUACAGUCCAAGGAUGUCCCUCACAGUCCAAUGACAUGUCAGGGAACAGUGAGGACAACUCUCUGAUUGGUGGGUGGAAGGAUGACGCUUUGGAUGGAGGAGGAGGAGACGACACACUGAUAGGAGGACAUGGAGCUGACAUCCUGAUUGGUGGGACUGGAGACGACACUCUCUAUGGUGAGGAUGGAAACGACACGCUGAUUGGAGACUCUGGCAGGGACGUCUUCAUUCCUGGACCAGGGUCUGAUCUGGUGGACGGAGGUCCUGGCAGAGACACUGUUCUGUACCGGGGAGAUCAUGAGACGGGUAAAGGGGUUUAUGUUAACCUGCUGAGUGGACAAGGACGCUUUGCUGACGCUGAGGGAGACGUGUUGAAGGACGUGGAAACUGUGGUCGGCACCAUCUACUCUGACAUCUUGGUGUCCGGAUAUGAAAGCGCUCUUCUCCAAGGCUCAGAUGGUAACGACAUCUUGGUGUCCACAGGUGGAGAUUACCUGGUUGGUGGUGAAGGAAACGACGUCUACAUGUUGGCUUUCCACCGCGGCUCAGCUACCAUUGAUAACUGUGCUAAAGACAAAGCCACAGAUGUCCUGUACUUGGACUUGGAGUCAUCAGCGUUGUUUGACUGCCAGCUUUUAUCAGACAGAGUCCUCCUGACUUUCACUGGAGCCAAUCAGACUGCUGUAAAAGUUGGACUGAGAGGCUCGACCAGUGAUGGUGGUGAAUGUGGUCAUUUGGUGCUGGUUUUCAGAGAUGAAGAGGCGUCAGUGAAUGGUCUGCUAGAAGAGUGUCAUGUCAGAGUGAAUGACUUCUGGGUCAGAGGUGGAUCAGAGAGAGUGGACACCUGUGACGGUUCAAUUCCCUGA